AUGGCUGACGGAAUUUUGGCUGCUGGUGGUUCGUUAGGAAGAGCUAUAAAGAAAACCAGAAUGAGGUCAGAUGAACCUCUGGAUCUAGACAAUCCUAUUGUGGAUGAACAGGGAAGAUCAGUACCGACGGGGGAAAAUCUCACUGCUUCAUGGAAGGACAAGUUACUAGGUUCCUUUGUGAACAAAGGCUCUUCUCAUGAUGAGGAAGAUUUUAAAUUAAAUGAUGGUGAUGUUUCAAAGGAGAUGAUCGAUGGUGUUCCUUCAAUUACCUUCUCUGAACGCGUUCAUAACUUUAUUACCCAGCGCCUGGCUAGGACGGUGAUUGUGAAGCUACUGGGUCGCAAGAUCUCCUACCACGCCAUGUCGAAUAAACUUCAAGCGAUAUGGAAAGCUAAUAAAAAAUUACAAGUUCUCGAUCUGAAGAAUGAUUAUUUCUCGGUCCGUUUUCAAGACGAGAAUGAGUACAUUACUACGAUAUCAAGAGGUCCAUGGAUAAUUUUUGGUCAUUACUUAAUGGUUAGGCCAUGGACAAGAAGCUUCUCAACGGAUCAAGCAUUUCCCAAUAAUCUGCUGGUUUGGGUUAGGUUACCCGGGUUACUAGAAGGGAUGUACAACACAAGCCUAUUGAAAUUUAUUGGUGGAGUGAUCGGGCCGGUUGCCAGAAUAGAUCAAAAUACUGAUAACAAAGCUAGAAGAAAAUUUGCCCGAAUUACGGUUUUUGUUGAUCUAGACCAACCUCUAGUGUCUAAGAUUGUGAUCGAUGGUAGGAUCCAACGGGUGGAGUAUGAGUCUUUACCGGUGGUAUGUUUCGACUGUGGGCGGUAUGGACACAAUCGGGAGAUUUGUCCUUACAGAUCGGAUAAAGAGAAUGAACCAUUUACGGUGGAGAAUCCCUUACCAAGGAAUGUGCCUGAAAUCCCAAAAUACGUUGAGGAGGACAGAUAUGGUCCUUGGAUGCUUGUUGAACGGAAACAAAGGAGAAAAAACCGACCGGCACCAGAAAAACCAAUUAAAGACAUGAAGGCCGGCGAGAGUAAAGGGUCUAGAUUUGAAUCUUUAAGCGAAAUUCGGGGCGAUAAUUUAGGGGGUCAGAUUCAAGAUAUUAAUGGGGGGAUAUGA